AUGAUCGGAUGGACGAAGAGGAACAGCCUGAGGGGGGCAGACGGCAUCAGAGAAUUGGACAGAGGGACGAUUCCUGGCGGCAGCAAGGGGUGUCUGCUACUGGACCGCCCAGCCUACACAACCCGCGGCGGGUGUUCAUGUUGUGGCUUGCACAUCGCAAAUUGCCAGAUCAAUAUCAAUGCCAGCAACGUGGUGGUGCUGAUAACCAAAUUCGUUGCUGACAAUGUCGAGUCCAACGGCAACGGCAAAACGGCAUGCAGUACUCCGCCCCCGGAGCCAUCACGCAAUGCUGGCUCUAUCGGCCCUCUGCACUCUCAGCCAGUCACUCGCAUCGACAUCGUGCCCACCGCCUUUGAGUUGAGACGCAGGACUGGGACGGAGGAUGCCAUCUCUGUGGUCCCGCCAUCUGGAGAUCGAGAACAUUUGAAACACCACAACCCACAACAACACGAACAUUAACAACAACAUCAACACUACAGGCACACUUUUACGCUUCUCAGAACGCAGCGAUUGGCCAACGAUGCCCAGAGACUGGUGGCUAAUGUCUACUGGUGGUGGCUACUGCACUAUACUGGCUUUGGCCCCAGCUCCGUCCACCGCCCACUCUGUCGGGACAAGGGAGCGAGGGUAAGUAGCCCCAUGCACUGGAGCUGGGACGCCAAAUCGCCCCAGCGGUGUGGGUGAGAGCGUGGGCUG